GCCCUCUGUAAUAAGUUCCGCCCUGCAAACUUUGCAUCGCUGUCAUUACUUAAACCGUGGACUCUUGUCUACCACCCUUCACCUCUUCAUCUUCUCUUUCAAACACAUCCUGAUUAAAUUCUUCUACCUUCACGCUUUCUUCUGGCAUUCCUCACCCUAACUCUCCAAACCUUCCAAAGGACAAAUGAGCCAUGUUGCUUUGGAGAUGUCAGAAAGCUCUGACACUACUCUCAGCGACCCUGUUUCUUCCAAGCUACAAGAAGAAGAAGCGGUUCCAAUUUCCGGGCACAGAAGCCGAAGUAGUUGCCCCAAUCCCCUUGAAGCAAAUCAAGCUGAAAGCGGAAGUCCAGUGCGUAAGUGGUAUUUCAAGCAGAACCCUGCCUUCUCCUCCGCGCCGCGCAAUGAACUCUCUGCAUUGACGAAUAAGCAGUUUCUGAGCACUUUUGAGCCGCAGCCAGCAGUGAAAAUAGAUGCAUCGAAUACAUUUGCAAGCUGGAGCCUUGAGAUGGACAAUGUCACCGCCGGUCGAUAUGAUAUCGUUCUGGGAAUAUCCACAGCUCAGCUCGAUCUCCACAGAAUCGAGUCAUUUACAUUUUACCAAACAUCAUACGGCUCUGCAGUAGGGGUCGAGAUUAUUUCGAAGCGCCAUCUCCGUCUACUAUCGAUGUCAUGCUCCGGGAUCUCUCGCUGGAAGCUACAUUAUCAGCUUCAAAGACUGAAUGACGCCGAUGAUGACGAAGAUGAUAAUGUGCGGGGAAUGAUUCUGGAGAUCAGAACGGAAGUAGACGAAGAAUCCCCUUCUGGUAUCCCCGUAGGAUAUAUAGAACUAGAAUUCAUGGAGAUUCACCCCUGUCAUGCCAAAAACAUUCUCCACGAUCCUUAUCUCCGCACACACCAGCCUUUCCUUUGGUCAAUCGACGCAGAUGUCAUGGACGACUGCACUGACAAAGUUUUGCCAUAUCAACCCAAAAAAGUGCUAAGAUUCGACAUCUCUGGCGAUGGAAUGCACGCUGUGACGCUAUCAGGUACAAGUUCACAUCUGUGCAUAGAUCUAUGGGACCUACAUCAGCCAAGUGCGCCCGUUGGUAGCACUGGAGCUGCAGCCGUUGAGGGGGUUAUGAAUCGUGAGCCCGCGCCAUUUCAUCCAGGCCACUAUGCUGGCAUCCGCAUACCUAUGAAGGGCUACCAAGAAAGGCUCCGCCAUCGCACUCUUGAUAUAUUUGCCUCCUGGAACGCAUCGCAGAUUGCAUUGAUCGACGCAACGGAUGAUCGCUCUCCCAAGGCAAUUCCAGACUUCCAAAGUGUAUUUGCGGUUUAUCGACACCUCGAGAGCAAUCGAGCAUCGUCAGAAUCUUCUCCGACCAAAGCUAUUCUGUACCCAUCUAAAGACUACCAGCAUUGCGAUUUGUUUAAGGACUUUCAUGGUUACGGAAAGUUCUAUAUCGAUACCACAGAGGACCCCAUGAUUAAGAAUGAGCUCUUCAUCGCCUGUGAUGGAUGGUCUGUUCAGCUGUACAACGCAUUUGGUAGAUGGGAGCUGAUGCGGAAGAUAACGUUGGUUCAGCCUUAUGAUGAUAUCCUCAAUCUUCCAGACACCGAGUUCGUUGUCGAUGGCCUUCGAGGGAAAUACUUCGUUUGGACAGACCACCAUGAGGGCCUUGUCUCGAUUUGGGACAUAACACUCGGUUCCCUGAUAACGCCUAUUCGGCUACCUUUUGACACUGAGACAAUCAAAAGGACCAGGUCCUGCCUUUCAAGCGAUGGGUCCAUCGUGGCGUUCUAUCGUGGCUCUGAAUAUGCGACAUACAAAACAGCAACAGGAGAACAGAUCGGAUACUAUAGAGUGCCUGAGCACUGUGGACACAUUUUCAAUCUCCACUUCUUGAAGGGCGGCACUCAGAUUAUGUUCGAAAGCAAGCUCGAAAAUGGCCCCAACUCAAGAACCUUCGGCGUUAUAAUGGAGACGGUCAGCAUGAACCCUUUGAGUCGGUUUGCUGUGUCAGGAAUAUGUUCCGCUCGAGAUUCCUUCAAGGAACAGGAUGACCGAAACAUCUACUCCCGUCAUGGAUCAAAGCUAGAGAUGGUAAGCCUGGAGGAACGUAUCAACAAAGAGAACUCCAGGCCAGAAUCGACUUGCGACGAUAAAUGCAAAGAGAAUCUGCGGCCACUUAGUCAGCACAAAACAGCCUUCACAGCACCAUCUGGGCUGCACUUUAGCGUCAAAAUCUAUCAGGCAGCUGGCAGAAUGCUCGGUCAGGGUCGUGAACCACUAUCAGGCGUCGUUGUCACCAUGUCGACUGACACUCAAUCCAGGAUGUUCACCAUCCCGGCUGAUGUGCUUCACAACAAGCAGCUUGUUGAUUACGAAUGGGCUGUAUUCCUCGAAGACACGGAACGCCUUGUUGUUGCGACUGAGUGCCGACUCAUGAUCUGGGACCUCCCGUCCACCAUACAGGGGGACAUAUCCUUGAUCCUGCCUUUGUGGGUUGGAGGCGAAACGUAUAGCCCCGUCAAUGGAAAGGAGAACUGGCAGACAUGCCCUCACGAGGAGGUGUUCGCGCCAAGGUACAUCCGCGACGAGGAGGACGGGAGGCGGCAUGAGAAGAUACUAUGUCUCAGCACAAAGAUCAACUGUUGUGUCACGAACUACCUGUCGCUCUUGGUUGGAAUCGGAGCACUACGCGACAUUUUCCUGCUCGCGGACAAGCCUUGCCAGGAUGAAAUCCUCAAAUAUGUCGCUCGACACAUCAACCUCUAUAUGGCCCCAAGCUAUCCAGAGUUGAGCGUACUUCUAUUCACCUGUCACCAAUGGGAUCCGAAGAGUCACUUGUCUUACGAGCGAUUUGUAACCGCAAUACUCGCGUCGCCUUUCGGAAGAUGGAUACCUAAACAAGACAUGGACGAAGAUACAAAUCCCAUUGCAAUUCUUAUCGAGAAGGCUAAGACAGAGCCUCGAGCCAUGGGACUCGCAAAAGUCUUUAUCGAUUACUGCAUCCGCCAGGCACGACUUGAAAAGAGCCCACAUUUCUUAUUACCAGUCUUACAGUGUCUGCAUAGUUUGGUCGACAAGAAGCAGCUGCACUCCGAGCUCGCCUUGACUACUCUGCGAAGCCUUGCCUAUGCUCCUGUCAAUGAUCGGUCAUUCAUUAUCGGACGCCACACCAUCGCUCAUCCUCCAGAGCUUAGACUGAAGUUCUGGAAGUCCAAUAUUCGACCUCUAUAUAAGUGCGACGACCCAGUACUACAGCUGGUUCAUACUCCAAAUGUCCAUAAUCCUCAGAACGACAAUUUUACGCGGUCCUUAUUUGUCGCUGAUUUUCGCAUGCUUUGGCACGUCAAGGACAGUAAUCCUAGAUUGCUUUCGAAAACGUCUCCUAUACAGCCUGGGAAAUGGACCUCUUGGUUACGAAUCCUUUUUUAUACAAUUGUUCACAAGUGCAAGCUCAAGAGCAACAUAGCAGUUGAGUGCCAUGACUUUGCUCUAGAGCCACUUGACAAUCCUGCCCUCGCUGCGUUGAUCGAGUACAAAUGGAACACAAUCGGGUUCAAGUACUGGCUGCUGCGGUUCCUCUGCCAGUGCUGUUACUACGCAUUGGUACUCGUGGCGGUGUUCAUUCAGGUUUAUGGCCCAAAUAGAAGACCUCUUGUUGGAGUGUUUUUUGCCAUAGCUGCAGGAUCUCUCAUAUUCCUCUGGCUGGAGCUGAUCCAGGCCUUCAAGGGAUGGAAGCGAUACUUUGCGUCGAUUUACAACAUCGUGGAUCUGAUCACAUUCGGAUUCACCAUGGCCGCAAGCAUCGUUCAACUUGUUGUCAUGCUAUCAUCACCAGAGCCCCUCCUGGCGGACGGUGCGGGGCAAAUUGAAAGAACACCAGAAGGAACCGGAAAUGGUCUUCUAAGCUUCUCUGUGCUAUUUAUCUCACUUCACUUCUUGUUUGAGCUUCGUGUAAGCAAAAAUGUGUCCCAUUAUGUGACAAUCAUCAUCAUGAUCAUCAGCCAGAUCCGCGUGUUCUUCUUUAUCUUCUUUGGCGGAAUUCUGGCCUUCACCACCGCCAUUCUGCAUCUGCUUCACGCGUGUUCGUUUGAAAGUUGCAAGGACCUGGGCUUGAGUUUCCCGAGGCACUUUUACUAUGCCAUAUCCUCGACGUACUUAUUCAUGGGCGGCCGAUAUGAUCCAAUUAGCGAUAUCCUCAACGACCAAGAACAUCCAAACUGGCCUUUCCACAUGAUGAUGAUCAUUUACUUUUUCUUCACAGUUAUCCUAAUGCUGAAUGUUCUUAUCGGUAAGCAUUGAUUAAUGUCGCGUUCAACGCCGGCGACGAAACUUGGGUUCAAGCCUGGCUCCAGUACCGGCUUCAGAUCGUCCAGAGCGCAGAGAACUUAACAUAUCACAUACCAG